AUGCAGAUGGAUGAAGUCAUUGACCUUGUGUCAGAAGACGAUAUUGCCUCCUAUGAGGAGACAAGUUCUGAAGAUACUGUAGAUGUGAAAGUCUGUGACGUAUGUGGAAAUGUUGGUGAGGAGAAGAAGCUCGCUGUUUGCAGCAGAUGCAAUGAUGGUGCUGUGCAUAUUUACUGUAUGUUGGUAAUGCUUCAAGAGGUUCCAGAGCGCGGGUGGUUGUGUGAUGAGUGCCAAGCUGAGGUAGAAAUUGAAAUUGAAAAGAAGAAACUUGAGAAAUCUCAAGUAAAUUUUGUCAUGGUCUCCAUGGAGAAUAAAGUGGAUGCUGAAAAGGCUAAAGACGCGUCUAAUGUGGCUCGUUGGAAUAAAAGGUUAAACAGACAGAGCGAGGCCAAUUUUUUAGAAGAGAUCAAAGAUGUGAAAGUAUGCGACAUUUGUGGAGAUGUUGGUGAAGUGGAGAAGCUCACUGUUUGUGGUAGAUGCAAUGGUGCUGAACAUGUUUAUUGUAUGCAGGUGAUGAUGGAAAAGGUUCCAGAUGUCAUGUGGUUGUGUGAAGCAUGUCAAACUGAGGUAGAAUUUGCAGAGGAAAGGACGGAACUAGAAAAAUCCCAAGUAAUGGUUGGUGCAUGUAAAUUAGAGUCCUUUGGAGGGCAAACGAAUAAACCUGUGGAUGAUGCAAAUAGCGGAAGUUAUUUUGAGGAUGAAAUGGAGGCUGCACAUGUGAGUAGUAAAAACUCAAACAUGAGAAAUCAAUCCAACGGUAUGACUACCAAGAGGAUAGGAGACGAUGCAACAAUUACGUUACUGAUUGGAAAAGAUCUUUCUGAAUCUGGUGGUGUAUCCAUGGAAGGUGACUCUGCAAAAAGAGCGCCGCUUUCGCGCAAAAAUUCACUCAAGCUGGACACAGAGAAAGGAAAGGAACCUGCUAGGCCAAUGCCAACACCAUUGACAUUGAAUGCCCUGAAGAAUCAGGCACCACCUCUUUGUGGUCCACUCCUGAAGUCCAUUUCUUUCAAGAACUCAAAGGUCCCGAAGGUGAAACAACUGGUCACUGAAGUUCCUCAAAAGCCCAAAAAUCUGAAGGAACCUAUAUCCUUAAUUACAAAACAAGACGGGCCAGUGAUCACACUUGCUAAGUCGACAUCAGUCAAAAAGCUGAACUCUAGCGAGCCGGUAAGUAAAGGAAAGUCUUCCAUCUUACUAGAUGUUGAGGAACCAAGAAUGAUGAAUUCAGUAAUGACCCGAAAUGUAACGAAUAAGAGGGGCACUUCUAUAUCUGGAUAUCCCUCUGUUGCUGCAUCAAUGCUUGUGCCAGUUCCUUCGAAAGCAGAAUCUGCAGCUCAGCAUCUCAAUAAACAAAAUAAGAUGGAUAAUUUAGGCAUCGCUUAUGGACAAGACGGUAGAAACUUUCCUGCACCUAGUGAACCAAAGAGACAGCUUGUAGCAAAAGUCCUGGGAAGCCUAACGUUAAUUAGUGCUGAGACAUCCUCAGGUCUGCUUUGUUCUGGUGCACAGAUGAAGGGAAUUCAAAUCCCGGAUACUUCACUGGUUGAUAAAAUAAAGAACCCACCUAGCUUGAAGCCAGGUACUUCUAGCAGCAGUUGCACAAUGCAUUGUCAACAAUGUGAUGAAGUGGGACAUUCUACACAAUUUUGUCCUGUUGGCAGAUCUAGCUUGUUUGUAACAAAACCUUUGAGUGAGCAAACCAGUGACCGAACUGCCAGAUGCAAUAGAACAUCUGAAGCUACUACUUUGACUGCUACUGAAGACAUUUUGAAAUCAGCAUAUCAAUCUGAGCCAAGUCCAAAACGCCGCCGCUAUCAUAACCCAUCAUAUAAGCCUAUAAAUGUAUUAUGUACCUCCAUUAGUCAUGAGGAAAGCAGUGAGCAGGAUGUGAGAAAUGGUAUGCCUACUCCUAGUACUACAGCUUCUGUAGAUUGUCACGAGCUAAAGUACAAAGAGCAUCAGGCUGCAUCUGCCAUGGGAGGAAGAUUUGUGGACAGCAGUUCAACUAUGUUGAAUGAUUCGACGGACAAAUCGCCAAUCUUUUCACCUAGUGAUGACAGAAUAACUUCUAGUGUUCCAGAGUUGGCUUACAUUUGGCAAGGUUGUUUUGAAAUAUGGAGGACUGGACGGUCAUCUAAGUUUUGUAAGGGCUUGCAAGGACACUUAUCAUGUUCUGCUUCACAAAAGGUUUUGGAAAUAGCAAAGAAAUUCCCUUCUAAAAUCCGGCUUGAGCAACUUCCUCGCCGGAAUAUAUGGCCCCCACAGUUCCAUGGAAAUGGCCUUUCGUAUGACAGUAUUGGUCUUUUUUUCUUUGCACAAGAUAUCCAGAGUUAUGAGAGGCAUUACAGUAAGUUAGUAGAAUGGAUGCUGAAAGGCGAUUUGGCACUCAGAGGAAACAUUGAAACAGCUGAAUUGCUCAUAUUUCCUUCCAAUAUCCUGCCAAAAAGCUUUCAAAGAUGGAACAUGUCCUAUUAUCUAUGGGGUGUAUUUAGAGUCAGAAGAAAAGAUUCUAACCUUCCAUAUCAUGUACCUACAAGAAAACAUUGUAAUUUCAAUGGAAAUCUCUUGGCCGUGGGUCGAAGAACUCAUGCCCACGCUUCUUCUGGCCCCAGUUUCUAUUACUCACCUACUUGUGAAGACUCUCCAUCUAUCAUGCCCUUGGAAGCUAAUCAUGAGGGUUGCCCCAAUGGUGAGAAUUCUCUAGGGAAAGAGAGGACAGCCGUCAACCAUGACAAUGCAGAGGACCUGUUGCGACCCAGUGUAGUUGACCUACAACGGCGACCGCAAUCAGUAUGUCGCUAA